CAACUUAAUAUGGGUCAACAACAACUAUGUUUUUUAUCUUAUCAUUUUUUUUUCAAAUUUAAUUCUAUUAUGAUUUUUUUCUCAAAAAAAAUUAUUAUGCUUUUAACCAGCUGACCUAUGCAGAAAAUCCUCUUCAUUAUCACACUUGAAAUUCAAUCAAGACUAACCAAAACUCAAAUUUGCUUUAAAUAUAAUCUUCUCUUCAGUUGACAGUAACAGUACUAACUGAGAUAACCCUAAUCAAGUGCCGUUCGUUGGCUAACCAGCCGUCGAAGAAAUUAGAGCCCAGUAGUAAAAAAGGAAAAAUCCCAGAGACUAGUCAAAAGCCACGCGGAAAGAUCCUGAUGGGGUGCCCGCUACGUCAUCCAUUUCGUACCUUGUGCUGGUGUUUUUAACUGUAUGGCCUCCACUUCUAUAUAAACCCUCUCCUCUUCUUUCUUGCCUAUUCCAUUUCAUAAGGCUCUGACCUUCUUCUUCUAUCUUAGCUUCUUCAUUUUAGAGAAAAACAAAGUAAUUUUAGGUGAUAUAUACAUAGCGAAGCAUGCCUGCGGGUGGAUUCUCAUCGGUCCCACCGGCCGGGGUGGAGUUCGAAGCUAAGAUCACUCCCAUCGUCAUCAUUUCUUGUAUAAUGGCCGCCACCGGUGGCCUUAUGUUUGGUUAUGAUGUUGGUGUUUCUGGUGGCGUUACAUCCAUGCCUGACUUCUUGCAAAAGUUCUUCCCGGUUGUCUAUAGAAAGACCAAUGACCCUGGAAUCGAUGGAAAUUACUGCAAAUAUGACAAUCAAGGCCUACAAUUGUUCACUUCAUCGCUUUAUUUGGCUGGUUUAACGGCCACGUUUUUUGCCUCCUAUACCACAAGGAGGCUUGGCCGCCGCCUCACCAUGUUGAUUGCUGGUUGCUUUUUCAUUGUUGGUGUUGUUCUUAAUGCUGCUGCUCAAGACCUUGCCAUGCUUAUUAUUGGCAGGAUCUUGCUUGGUUGUGGAGUCGGCUUUGCUAAUCAGGCUGUGCCACUGUUCCUAUCAGAGAUAGCACCCACAAGAAUCCGUGGCGGGUUAAACAUAUUAUUCCAGCUUAACGUCACUAUUGGAAUUCUAUUUGCCAAUCUUGUCAACUACGGUACCGCCAAAAUUGAAGGAGGAUGGGGUUGGAGGCUAUCAUUGGGAUUGGCAGGAAUUCCAGCACUUUUCCUUACUGUCGGCGCCCUCCUGGUGGUUGACAGUCCUAACAGUCUCAUUGAGCGAGGUCACCUGGAAGAAGGAAAAGCUGUGCUCAGAAGGAUUCGGGGCACAGAUAAUAUUGAGACUGAGUUCCUGGAGCUUUUUGAGGCAAGUCGUGUGGCAAAACAAGUGAAACACCCUUUUAGGAAUCUCCUUCAACGCAGGAACCGCCCCCAACUUGUCAUUGCAAUUGCCCUGCAGAUCUUCCAACAAUGCACGGGUAUCAAUGCAAUCAUGUUUUAUGCCCCAGUCCUGUUUGACACGCUGGGAUUCGGCAAUGAUGCGUCCCUUUACUCUGCUGUUAUAACUGGGGCUGUCAAUGUGCUCUCCACAAUCGUAUCCAUUUACUCGGUCGACAAAGUGGGUCGUCGAGUGCUGUUACUUGAAGCUGGUGUCCAGAUGUUUUUCUCUCAAGUAGUCAUCGCAAUUAUUCUAGGAAUCAAGGUUAAAGACCAUUCUAAUGAUCUCCAUAAAGGUUUCGCAAUCCUAGUAGUUGUUAUGGUGUGUACCUUCGUGUCAGCUUUUGCAUGGUCUUGGGGGCCUCUUGGUUGGCUGAUCCCUAGUGAAACAUUCCCCCUGGAGACCCGCUCGGCAGGGCAGAGUGUGACUGUUUGUGUCAACUUGCUCUUCACAUUUGUUAUAGCCCAGGCUUUCCUGUCAAUGCUCUGUCAUUUCAAGUUUGGAAUCUUCUUGUUCUUCUCUGGCUGGGUUCUGAUCAUGUCAAUCUUUACACUGUUUCUAUUACCCGAGACGAAAAAUGUACCAAUUGAAGAGAUGGCCGAGAGAGUGUGGAAGCAGCACUGGUUUUGGAGGAGAUUCGUCGAUGAUGAUCAUGAGGGAGCAGCUGUUAUCAAUGGUGAUAUCGCAAAGAAAAAUGGACAUGCUAAUGGGUUUGAUCCAACUUCACAGUUGUAAAUUUGAGAUGUUUCAAACCACAUCUCAGUGCUAGAAAAAAAUAAUAGAUGCAUUAGAGAAUAGAAAACCAAUAUACUUAAGUAUCAGAGAAAUGUAUGAGUAGUGUUAUUUAAAAUAUUCUAGUGAAAUUAUUGUCAAAGUAUUUGAUGUAUGAUGGUUGCUAUCAAAAAUCAAUCUUUGUGAGCUAGAGUUACAGUAGGAAAAUUUUAUCCUGCUGAGGUAUAAUCAUUCGAUGGAAGAAUUUUUAAUCUUCAAUAAAUAUUGGAUCAAUAAUUUGAAUCAA